UUGCGAUGGUGGUGAACCAAUGGCAGCAUGGCGAUUUUGGGUUACGGACGGUAUCGUUACGGGAAGCAACUACUCGCAGCAUGGCGGCUGCCGACCAUAUCCAUUUCCACCGUGUGAGCAUCACAGCAACAAAACACACUAUCAGCCUUGCAAGCACGAUCUUUAUCCAACGCCAAAAUGUGACAAGAAAUGUAUUUCCGGAUAUGGAAAAUCGUAUAAGGCGGAUAAAUAUUACGGUAAGCAGUAUGUCAUUUGGGAGAUAUGCAGUCAUGUGCCGAUGAGUGUACCUGUUCGGGACAGCAUGCUGCACGUCGGAGGACCGGCUAUUCAACAAAAAAUUUAGUC